CAUGGUUCGCUGGACAGGCCAACAGUGUUCCCCCGUAUCUGACCCUCGGGCCGUAUCCGUAUCUCAGCUGUGAUUCAGAAUCCAUUCGCCUCGGUUCUUCUGUGCACAAAGAGGGCAGGAACACAAUCGGGUCAAGGUCCGGGUCUUUACCCAAGUACAAAACGUUGCCCAGGGCACCUUCCAGGUUAUAUUUCGAUGAGGCGAGAGCUUGGGAGGUCUCUUCUUGUGACCCCAUAUAAAACCGGUUGUCGGAUCACCCCUGCCUUGCAGACCCUUUUGUACAGCACAUCCCUUGCACUGGGCCAUCGCCGCUCAUUCUGUCUCCAUUCCUCACCCAACGCGACUUCUCAUUCGGACCAUUCCCACAAGCAUAUUCACUUCCCCGAACUCAGCUGCAACCCGUUAAACCAAGGCUUCUCAUCGCAACGCUCUCGCGUCGCUCGCUUCUCGUCUUGGACUUGUCUAGCAACACAACAGCCCCUCGCACGUGAACGCACGCAAACGCUGAAAAUGGCGGUGACCGCGGAUCCUCCUCGACAGAAGCAUAAGGUGACCGUUAUCGGUUCCGGUAACUGGGGCACGACGGUUGCGAAGCUCGUAGCCGAGAACACGCGGGGAUGCCCAGACUUGUUCGAGGAGGAAGUCCAAAUGUGGGUGUAUGAGGAGGAUGUGGUGAUUCCUUCUGGCUCCCCCCAUUACGAUGCUUCUGUCGGCGACAAGCCGCAGAAGCUGACGUCCAUCAUCAAUAAGUACCACGAAAACGUCAAGUACCUGCCGGGCAUUCCGCUGCCAACAAACAUCGUCGCGAAUCCCUCUCUCCUCGAUGCGGUCAAGGACUCGUCCAUCCUCAUUUUCAAUCUUCCGCACGAGUUUAUCGGCAACAUUUGCAAACAGAUCAAAGGCCACAUCCUUCCCUUUGCGCGUGGCAUCAGCUGUAUCAAGGGUGUGACGGUGACGGACGACAAAAUCGAACUGAUUUGCGAGUACAUUGGUGAGGAGCUCGGGAUCUACUGCGGGGCACUUAGCGGGGCAAACAUUGCCAGUGAGAUCGCCAACGAGAUGUGGUGCGAGACGACUAUUGCGUAUAAUACCCCACCUUGCGAUCGGCGCGACGUUAACGGGGCAGCGGCCGAGAAUGGUCAUGUAAUGGCGGAGCAUCGCGACUCGCGGGGGAAGGUAAUCAAGACGCAGCUGACGGCCCUGCCGCACGACUACCCGCCCCUCGACCACGGCGAACUCCACAAGCUCUUCAGCCGGCCUUACUUCACCGUCUCGAUGGUAUCAGACGUGGUUGGUGUUUCGCUCGGUGGUGCGCUCAAAAACAUUGUUGCCAUCGCCUGCGGCUUUGUCGAGGGCCACGGCUGGAACAUGACGGCCAAGACGGCGGUAAUGAGGCGAGGCAUGCUCGAGAUAAUUCAGUUCGCCCGCGAGUUCUUCCCAGAGACUAUUCAAGAGAAGACCUUCUGGGAGGAGAGUGCGGGCUGGGGCGACAUGAUUGUGAGCUGCACCUCGGCGCGCAACUGGCGCUACUCCAAGAUGGCCGCCGAGCGCGGCGUAUCUGUGCAGGAGAUUGAGCGAACCGAGCUGAACGGCCAGAAGCUGCAAGGCAUCUCGACAUCAAGGGAAGUCAGCAGCUUCUUGAGGGCGCGGGGCGUGGAGGACAAGUACCCGCUGUUCAAGUUGGUUGAGGGGAUUUUGGACUGCAAGGUGAACGUGGAGGAUAUUCCCAGCCUGUUUAGGAAGUAGAUGGAGAUAGAUGGGUGGUAUUGUCCCCUCACGGGGCCGGUCCAACACAAAGCAUCUAAUCCUGCAUGGCGAGCAUGAGUUACAUCCUAGAGACCGAUCACAUAGCGUAGUAC